CCCGACAUACUGUAGCUGCGUCUUCUUCACGGAGUGGCGCAACGUGUAUUAUCAUAUAGUUUUAUCACUGCUUAUUCAAUCCUACCCCUCCCUUCCUAAAUUUGAGAGCAGUUCCGGUCGUGUCCUUGUUCGAUUAGUUUUUACCAGUGGAAACAGCAAGAAACUUUAGCAAACAACACAGUCAAAGACUUUGGGAAGGGGAAGAAACUUUUACCUGGAGGUCCUUGAACUACACACACUUGUAUUUUGGUAGCCUACGCUCCUGGUCAUGGGGGACAUCAAGAAAGGGAAGAAAGUGUUUGUUCAGAAAUGUUCUGCGUGCCACACAGUGACAGAGGGUGGACGCCACAAGGUGGGACCCAACCUGUGGGGUCUCUUUGGGAGGAAGACAGGACAGGCUUCUGGCUACAGCUACACACAGGCCAACAUCGAUAAAGGCAUUAUAUGGGAUGAGAACACUCUGAACGUCUACCUUCAAAACCCUAAGAAGUACAUUCCUGGUACCAAGAUGAUCUUCAGUGGGAUCAAAAAGAAAAGGGAAAGGGAGGAUAUUAUAGAGUAUCUAAAGGACUCCACCUCCUAAAAACCUGAACACAGGUCACACACAUACAGCUGUGGACAGAAACUAUACACUGUACACUUGGGAAAAACAAUGGAGGGUAUCCUUUGUUUUAGCGUAGAGUUAGAGUUCUCUUCCUGCAUUUUGUUACAUUACAGCAUUGCUCCCACACGGUUUUUGUGUGAGACUGUUUUUAAUUAUCGUAUGAGUCAGCCUUCGUGUGUUUUCCAGACAUUUCUCAGUCAAGGCUUCUUAAAGAGGCAGCCAUCCUUUGGCACUUUCUGAAAACAGUUGUUUACCAUUUACUACCGCUUGCAUCAACUGUGCAUGUUUGCCACUUUAACUUUCACUGCACUGGUGACAGCUCAUGUUCAGGUUUAUUUUUCUAUUGUAUUGUGUUUACUACUUGUAGAGCUUUGAAAAACUGAUUGAUGGUGCUGGUUUGUAUGAUAUGUUCUUCUUUUUUAAGCUAUUGGGUGUAAUUACUUUUGUUGUUGUCACUUUGAGUGUGUUUUAUAUUCCUACAUUUAUGAAUGAAUGUGUUUCUUACUUAAGAACUGUAAUGUCAAACUGAUUUGUCAUUUAUAUAUACAGCCGUUUUUUGGUUUAAAUACAAUAUACAGUACUUACAAUUAGUCUAAUAAUGACUUUUUGAUUAAGGUCAACCAAAAGUGCUUCAAUAACGUCCCAAGUUGCGUUUUAAUACUUCUUUUUUUUCUGACAAUACCUUGACUUGAAUAAACGGAUGGGGCAAUAAAAUAUUUCUACUUGAUUCAAUUAUA